AACAAAAGGAAAGGAAAAGAAAGCCUAAACUCCAUAGUUGGCUCAAGGAAGAAGAAGAAGAAGGAGCAAGAAAACCAUCCAAAGUUUCCAAAUCAUGAUUUCCAAACGCAGCAUCAACUUCUACGUAAGUUCUGAAAUUUUCCAUCCAUUAUCUCGAAAUACUUCUUGAACCAAAGUUGUAGCCCCGAACGAUACGAACCCAGCCCAACAAACCGCUCGCGAUUUCGUUAAGUAACGAAGAAGAUAUGGCCAAAAUACCGGGACUGCGCCAGUGGUGGCGAGCUCCUCGGGUUGGCAUGUUUUUCUUCACCAAAUUCAUAUUAUUUCAUUCCAAGAACUUACCAUAAACUCUCUAAAACUUAUUAGGAACAUCCGGAAGGUAUCGUAGAGAAGGUUCGGCGUUAGAAUAUUGAAGUUAAUGAGAUAAUCGUCGGAAUCGUUGUUCGUCGGAACAUCCAAAAUCCUGGCAGCAACUAUGAGUCCACUUGUGAUCUAUAUUUGACCACUUUAAACUCAUUAUUUUAACAUGGUUUCUUCACGAAAGUUAUAGCCUUACAUCUUAGGAAUCCACAAAAUCAAACGUUUUGCAAUUCCGUGAAGAAACGAUGGAGAUAUGACCAAAUUACCGCAGGCUGUCCAGUUGUGACGGAAAUGACAAAGUUGGCAAAUUUCGAUGUUGUUUCCACUCCCGCUCAUCCGUAAGGUUUCGGCCGAUGAUUUCCAGGUCUGUACCUUUGCGUUAGACUUGUCGAAUCAUUCAACACAUGCGUACAUGAACAUAUAUGUUAAUCCAUAUGUUGAAAUCAUUCCAAAAUAUAUGUGUGGUGCAUAUAUAAGUCAUCUUUGUGUUAAAACCAUAAUACACCAAAUCCAUAAAGUUAUUAUAUAAAUACAUGAAUAUAUAUAUAUAUAUAAGCAUUUGAAAUCAACCCAAAAAUAUGUAUAUAUUAAUCAAAGGUGUUUAAAAGACUUAAAGAAGUAUUUUUGGAUACUCAAAAUAUCAAGAGAUAGAUUCGCAGACCCAAACGGUCGAUGCAAACGGUCGACCGUCGUAUUAAAAUUUGAUACGGACCAUGACUGUCAGGCAAACGGUCGACCGCUGGUGGCUGACGGUCGACCGCCGCCGUCCAGCCGAAGUCCGCCAUUCGCAGCCAGUCAACAACGGUCGACCGCCAGUCAACCACGGUCGACCGUCACGGUGAUCCGCCAAAUCCGAACUGUUGAAGAUCAAGGUCGACCGUUCCGCCAAACGGUUGACCGUUCCGAGCCCCGUAGUUUAAUUAAAUGAUAUUUUUAUCAGAUUUCAUCCAAAUAAAAUAAAGUAUAUUUAUCCAAUCAUGUUGUUUACAAAUUGUUCAUAUCAUGUGAUUCAUUUCAUCAUCCAU